UAAAUAUGUUGUGAAAGAUAAAAUGUUAUUUCGAGAUGUAAAAGAAAUCUUUUUGUUGACAACAAUUAUACAAUGUAACCAACCAAAGCAGUUUUGGUUAGUUUUUAUCUUUACAUAACAGUUGACGUAAUACUUUAAAUACUCGUUGAAUUCUAAGCAUGUUAAAACUUCAGAAAAAAGUUGGAAUAUGCUGUCAUUCUACAUUCUGUAUAUAAAUCAAGCUCUCUUUCUAAUGGGACCAGUCUGUUCUACAAUUCGAGCAAAAUGAGAGCGGUUUGUAUUUUAGCGAUAUUUCUCAGUUUUUCUCAUGCGGAGUCUAUCCUUUCGUUCCUUACUGAUGGAGAAAACAAGACUUCAACAUUACUAGAAAGCAAGGACCAAGAAUGGAACGAUUUGAGCAUCCUUCGCCAGAUGAUAAACCAAGAAACAUUAAUUCGUCUCGCUUUGGUCAAGAAUGUCCAUGCAUUGGUAAAUGACGUCACCAUUAUGAAGAAAGGUAUAGCAGCAAGUGAAGCAAGAGUUACCGGACAACAGCAGACGAUUGAUGCAUUCAAGAUUCAGGUGAAAUCUCUUCAACAGGAAAACAACGAACUAAAGAACAGUAGCAGGAUAAAUGAGGCCAGGAUCAUGGAGCUCGAAACUAAUUUACAAUCAGUUCACGAGAACUAUGGUACUCUGCACGACGAAUUAAACGUCAUACAGAAGGAUUCAGACGAAAAAAGGCGGGAAAUGUUUAACAAAACGCAUAGCGUUCUUGAUGAUAUCAAAAUAGAGGUACGCUACCUCUCGGUCACGCUGUUAGAUUUCAAGAAAAGCACAGAGACCGAAAAUGAGUCGAGAACUAGAAAAUACGAAGAACUUGAAUGGUACUUUAACAAUUCAUUUGAAGAAUUAAAAGCGGAAAUCGUUCAAACCAAACUCAACCUCACUAAUAACAAAGUGCUCAUUCAAAAUCUAGAUGAUUCUCAAUUGGAAAUUAGAGGAACCUUCACAGAAAUCUUGAAUAGAACAGUCACAAAGCUUGAAACACAGUUAAAAACGUCGGAGUAUGAGCAGCUUAAACUAUCGUCUGCUGUGGCUUCUUUGGAAGUGGCCAACAUGAACUUGUCCAGAUUGAACUGCGAUAAGAGUAACCACCAUGCGUUUACAGCGGGAUUAUCAUCAGGUAACUCUGGUUGGACAGGAGGCACCCUAGUGUUCCCCACAGUAAUCUACAGUGAAGGAACUGGCUACAACCCCAGUACUGGUAUCUUUACAGCGUCCUCAGCGGGGACAUAUGUGUUCUAUGUCUCUGUUCAGUCUGCUCAUCAAAAAAACAUCGAAUUAGACAUCGUGUUGAAUGGAUCGAUUAAGGUCAGGGCCACGGCUUGGUACGGUAGUGGGAGCAGCGUUUCCAUUUACCAGACCGGAACCAACCUGGUUAUCUUACAUCUACAGACCGGUGACAGAGUCUGGGUCAAACGAGGCGGUGGUACAGGUUACCACAGUAAUGGUGGUCACAUAACAACGUUCUCUGGAUUUAAACUUUACUAGUUAAAAUGAUUUAAUUGAGAUCAAUUGCAUUAUUAACAGAACAUUGUUUCUUAGUUGUGGUGUUCUGUUCCUUUCUGAUCCGAGUGAUGUAUUCAAUCGAUAUAGAACCUUCUUUAACAGCACAUUAUUGUAUUUCAUCAUAGGAUUAAAAUGUGUCAGAACAAAUAUGAUAAAGACUUUU